GCAAUGGGGAAAGCGAUGUCCUUGGGCAUGCGCGGUAGCAUGUGCAUACUAGAGGCAUUUAAAUCUUAUGGUAAACAUCUCCGAACGUUUACAAGCUGACAUUCUUUGGAGAGCGCACGUAAAGAUGAUGGUAUGGGUAACAUGGAUGUUUACUACAUUUGCCGCAGGACUUUUUGCAAUUCUGGUAUUCCAAAGGAUGACUUACCCAUUGUUUUGGGAGGAUUUGAUUUAUUACCUAAACCUACGGAAGGUUGGAAAGGCGUUGAAGUCUCGUAUGCAGAGAGGAGUCAUCACUUACCUCGACAGCUUCCUUUAUCAGGCAAAGAAGAUGCCUGACAAGGCUUUCAUAGUGUUUGAGGGUCAAACGCUCACUUACCAGGACGUUGAUAAAAGAAGCAACCAAUUUGCUAAAGUUUUCAGAACAAAAGGUGGCUUGAAGAAGGGUGAUAUUGUCGCUCUUCUGAUGAGCAAUGAGCCUGAUUUUAUUUGUGUGUGGUUCGGACUCAGUAAACUGGGCUGCGAGGUCGCUUUCCUCAAUUUCAAUAUCAAAUCCAAAUCGCUCCUAUAUUGUUUUGAAAGUUGUGGAGCGAAAUCGCUCGUCGUAGGCGCAGAUUUGGUGAGUUCGCUGGGCGAGGUGUUACCCUCCCUAAAGGAGAAUGCCAUUGAGGUGUGGGUCACGGACAUUGGCUGCCCUCAUGAAGGGGUCAACACGUUACUGGACAAGGUGGAGCAGGCCUCAGACAUGGCCUUACCUGACUGUCCUAGAGCUGACCUCAUGUCCAACUUCCUGUUCAUCUUCACAUCAGGAACAACCGGACUUCCUAAGGCAGCCCGGGUGGGACAUCUCAAAGCCGUCAUGUGCAUGGCCUUCCUUCGUCUGUGCGGGGCCCGUUCGGAUGACAACAUUUACAUCACUCUGCCCCUAUACCACAUGACCGCCUCUCUUCUGGGUAUUGGUGGAUGCAUACAGCUUGGGGCAACGUGUAUAUUGAAAAAGAAGUUUUCUGCCAGUCAAUUUUGGAAAGACUGCGUGAAACAUAAUGUGACCGUAUUUCAAUACGUCGGAGAGCUCUGUCGCUACCUGGUCAACCAACCUGUGGUCCCUGAGGAGAGGGCCCACAAAGUGCGUGUUGCCGCAGGGAGUGGUCUGAGGGCAGAUGUAUGGAGGGAGUUUGCCAGACGCUUUGGGAAGAUCAAUGUCCGGGAAGCCUACGGUUUAACUGAGGCCAGCAUUGGCUUUGUCAACUACACCAAUGAAAUAGGACCCAUCGGAAGGGCGGGCUACUUCAACAAGCUUAAUAUGCCCUUUGAGUUCUUGAGUUGUGAUCCCCAAACAUAUGAGCCGAUACGGACCAACUCAGGACGAUGUGUCAAAGCAAAUAAAGGAGAGACGGGCCUCCUGGUGGCCCCGGUGUCGGUCAUGAAUCCUUUCCUGGGGUACGCUGGGAAUACGCUUCAGUCAGAGAAGAAGCUCCUCAGGGACGUGUUCAAGGAGGGAGACGUGUACUUUAACACCGGAGACCUCAUGCUUCAGGACCACAGAGACUUUGUCUACUUCCGUGACCGUAUCGGAGAUACCUUCAGGUGGAAAGGAGAGAAUGUGGCCACCACAGAAGUUUCAGAGAUUCUCGGAAGUUUGGAGUUCCUGCAGGAAGUGAACGUCUAUGGCGUUACUGUGCCAGGUUAUGAAGGCAGAGCAGGUAUGGCAGCCAUCGUCUUAAAGAUGGACCAAAAGCUGGAUGGUAAAAAACUCUACAACCAUUUGGUCCAAAGUCUCCCCGCUUACUCGUGGCCCUGGUUUCUACGGAUCCAGACAUCCAUAGAUGUGACCGAGACCUUCAAGCAGCAGAAGAGGAAGUUGGUGCAGGAGGGCUUCAGUCCUGAGGCCGUUCAGGAGUCCCUGUAUUUCUUGGACCUAUCCCAGAGAGACUACGUCCCACUCACUCAGUCUCUGCAUGAUGACAUCGUCUCCGGAAAGAUACGGCUCUAGGCUGUUGAGUCAGUUCAGCAGGACUAAACAGAAAGGUGUAUUUCUGAUUUUAUAACAGGUUUAUAUACAGUAGUGUUUAAAGGUGUUAUUUACCCAGGAAGCCUCACUGACGGACUGUGUACUGUGCAUCUGAGUUUCAGCCACGUUUUUUUUUUUCUUUGAAUUUUAGUUUCCAUUAAGGGAUUAUACAAUAUGGUCAUUUUUAUCAGAUGCUUUUAUCCAAAGCAAUUUACAGUUAGCACCUGUAUACAGUAAGACUGAGCCAUCCGAGCCAGCAAAACCACAUAGUUUACCUAAACGUUAAUACCUCAAAAGUGGUCCAAAAAGAGUCCAUAUUUUGCACCGUCCAUUGUGUACUGCUAGAUGGAACAUUAGGAGAAUAUGCAGGCCUCAAUCCAACAUGAAAUGGAAAGGUUGAAAACGUCAAAUUCUAUCUAAUUGAAUUUAAAUGUAAUUACAUUUUAUGUCCUAUGUGGCAUCACAUGCUGAUCCGCAUACCACGUUUCAGUCAGCACGUGCUACAGCAGGUUAACCCUUAAAGCUUGACUCAUUUAUGACCUGCAAUUGUCUUUUCCUGUCCACAACUCUGGGCAUGAAUUAUAUCCCCAAAUUAAGACUGAGUUUUUCCUGGUCAUGAACAACUUCCAGCCAUAAGUAUGAUUUACAAAGCUAUUAAGUUAUGGAAAUGAAUUAAUGAUUUUAAGACUUGCAACUGGUUUUUAUCAAGUGUGACCACAGUGAUUUAGUUCUUAUCAAUGGCAAAUGUAAUUUAACCUUUACUUAACCCGGGAAAAGACCCUUGAGGUUAGAAACCUCUUUUGCGAUUGGUACCUGAGCAGGAAAUGCAAAACUAACCCAGUUAAUCCCACCAUUUUAAUCCACAGACCUUUUCAGAAACUAGCUGCUUUUGCAUUACUACUAUGUGACAUUUUGAAUAAUGACCGUGCAUAUUGUAUGUAUGCCCUGGAUAACGUGGAUUAUUUUGUGUUUAUGAUUAGGUAUUAGAUUAUUGCAUAGAUUUUAUGUGAAUAUAUUUUGUGUGUGUGUUUAUAUAUAUAUAUGUAUGUAUGUAUGUCUGACAAUUUAUUUUGCGGUUAUGAAGAUAAUGUCAUAACAGCACACGGGCGACUCACUUACAGUGAAUUGCUACGACUCUAGACGUACAUAUCUGCAUCCUGACAUUCCUAAAAGUGUAUAUUGACCGACAGAAGGAACAUUUUAGUUUAGGCAUAAGGGUCAAAAAAUGUAUUCAGGUUACGUUUAGGUUAAAUGAAUUAAGGUUAGGUUUAGGAAGAGGGUUGAGGUUAGGUAUCGUUUCAGUGAGGUUGUGGUAAGGGUUAGGGAAAGGCAUACAAGUUGACUUUGGGUUAGCGUACUACCGUUCGCCACCAUUCAUUUUCUGAUGGAUGUAAAUAUAUACAGCCAUUCUUCUGGCCUUUUUAUGUUUUGAUUCCAUCACUAAUAUCUCCAGUCAUCCUAAAUGUGGUGUUAUAACAUGUACUCUUGUCAAACAACAUUACAUUCCCAUUGCCUUUGUUUCUGAGACCGUGCUAGGACAUAAUCUGUCUGUUGUCAUCUUAAAAAUUACACCCUGUUUUUAAAGUGAUGUCUGACCCAGAUUGAUAAAAAAUGAUGUACAUUAUAACGUUCCUUUCAGUUGAAAUAAACCAUAGUAUUUACAUUGCAA